CAGACAAAUGUGUCUAUUGUGACGCUUUUCAUUUUGUGUUCAACCUUAGCUUUUCUGGAAAAGACACGUGUUACGGUCAAUUAAAGCACCUAGGCAUUAGUACAUAGCAAGAUAGAGUCGAUUUUUCGUAGGAACACCAGCAACCAAUGAAAGCGAGAUUCCUGUGAACACUACGGGAAACAGCCAUAGCUGCCUGGCUCUAUACCUUGUAUGCUGCCUCACCUAACUAGAGGCAUGGCAGUAAACCUUUAAUAUUUCAGUAGCUCUGCUUGCUACAUACUCUAAGCAUGCGUUAAGAAAAAGAACAUGUGGCAUAUAAAGCGAGUUUCCGGGUGUUAGUGUGAAAAACUGAGAAUGCCUUCAAUAUGUGGCAUCGACUGGAGUGUCUUCAAUCUUCUUCUUUUCCUGAUCGUUGGUAUCACUGGAUCAGUAAGAGCUGACACAUCCAAGGUUUAUAUGUCCAAAGAGAAACAGCUCAUCAAGAAGCUGUUGGACCGAUAUGAAAGGUAUGGACGAGUUGGAAGACCAGUGGUCAACACGAGCGAUAGCAUCCUUGUCCACUUUGGGAUGUCCCUCAUCCAGAUCCUCAAUGUAGAUGAGAAGAACCAGGUGUUGGAGACAAAUGUCUGGUUCACCUAUACAUGGAAAGACGUUAUGCUGACUUGGAACGCAUCGGAACAUGAAAAUAUCCAAACAGUACAUGUUCCUCACGACCGUGUAUGGUUACCGGAUAUAGUUCUUUAUAACUUUGCCGACCCUCGGCUGAAGGAGCAAAGGGAAGCGCUAGUUGUGGUGGAGUCCACAGGAGACGUACUGUGGAUGCCCCAGGCAAUCUUAAGGAGCUCGUGUCAAUUUGAUACGACAUAUUUCCCUUUCGACGAACAGAAGUGUAUUCUCAAAUUUGGCUCAUGGACGUAUGAUGGCAAGAAAUUAGGUUUGCAGUUCCAAGACAAUCUGAAAAAAUUCUCACUAGCUGAUUAUAUGAAGGGAACAGAAUGGACCAUAACAGAAAAUUAUGCGGUCCGGAGCGAGAAAUUUUACGAGUGUUGCCCUGAUACACCAUAUCCUGAUUUGACGUUCAAAUUAAGCAUCAAGCGAAAGGUGGCUUUUUACAGCUUCAUCCUCAUACUUCCAUGUGCUCUGCUCUCAACUUUAACGCUGGUUAUUUUCUGGGUCCCUCCGGAGUCCCCGGCCAAACUAGUUUUAGGAAUGAACGUAUUUGUUGCCUUUUUCGUGCUGCUGUUGUUGCUUGCUGACUCCACCCCAAAGGCUGCUGACUCCAUCCCCCUCAUAGGUGCAUAUUUCUGCUUGAGUAUGGUGAUGAUUACGAUGUCCACUGUGCUCUCUACAAUUGUGGCAAAUAUGUUUUUCCGUGGUGUGAGGAUAAACAGGGCUCCCGCCUGGCUAAGAAAGUUCAUGAUUGACAUUGUCGCCAGAGCAUUCAUGAUCCGAGACAAACUGAUCGAAAAGCAAGCGGAACCACCACAAAAGAACAGCUGGAACAUUAAGUACACGGGUGGCGCCACGUCUAAACUUCCGGAAACGGAAAUGAAAUUCGCCAAAGUAAGAUUACUGGACGAAGGAAAAGAAGACGGUUAUGAACAAAACAACAAAGAUUGUAAUAUAGAGAGACUUAAUAUCAUUCGCUCAAGUCUCUCCGAGGAUAUCAGGAUCAUUCGGGAGAUUCUCGAAGCCUACCGAGACAAGAAGGCCAAAGCAGAACAGAAAGAGAAAUUCAUCCGCGAGUGGAAGGUCAUCUGUUGUAUAACUGACCGCUUGUUCUUUUUGAUGUACUUGGUCGUCAAUGUUAUUGGUAUCGUUAUAAUUUUCUUCGCGUCCGACCUGUACAUACCUGAAAAGACCUCGCCAACACAACGGUGAAGUAAAUAACGAGGACGCUUCUGAUUGGAUGAAUCAGGAAAAUAAUCACGAAUGUCAUUGUCAUUGAUUUCGAGCAGAAAAAAAAAUAUAUGUAAUCAUUACAAAUUUAAUUCACAUGUGUGAUAAUUGAUCGCUAAACAGCUGCCAAAAGUCCAUUUUGAAUUUAAAGGAAAUAGAUGUUUACAACGUUUCCAUGGAAACAACACUUCUAUGAAUAUCCCAGACAGCCAUUGACAAAGAUGAAUGGUUUCCUUCGAGAUAACCGAGAUAACCAUAAUACGAGAUAUCAAUCAUAUAGAUGUCAUCUGUCCACAGCUUGGAGGAGUCGUCCAUAAGUUCAUAUCGAAGAGAUGGCGUUCACAAAAACAUGAACUGCAACUUCUGGGAUAUUAUAAAGAGGAUUUCUCGUCACGGAGAGUAAACUAUUCAAAGAUAUAUAUAUAUAUAUACAUCUAUAUAAAUAUACAUACAUACAUAUAUAAUACGUACAUAAAAUAAUGUUGUAAUGUAUUUUAGAUAUAUAUUCUUUUACUUUGCUGCUGAUAAAAAGUCCGUUGUAUCUUAGUGAUGUAGGUAAGUAGAUGUAACAAAGGGAAGUUAAGAUGCUUUUAGAUGCACAUUGCCCUGAAAUAAUGUUAUAUAAGGAAGCGCACAGAAGGCGCCAAAGUUAACACGUAAGGCGCAUGAUAGGCGCCCGGAUUAUACUGACCGCUGCAGGAGGAGGCAGUAUAGUAUCCAUGACAACGAAUACCUAUGUUAGAGCGAGCUACAAAGUGUAGGUUGAGGUCAUAAGUACCCGGGUUUCCGAUCCCACAACAUACACUUUUACACCUAUAUAUGUGUAUACCCAAAUACAACAGAUACCCGUCUACCCCUUAAGUCAAAUAAUACACUAUUAUGAGAAUUAAAUAUUUGUGGAUUGGUGUCAGAUGCUUUCUAAUGAAAUCUAACGAUCUUUUCUAAAUUCGGUAAAACCUAUGAUUAAAAAUCCAUAUAAAUGUUGUGAAAUGUACUGGCUGAAUAUUUUCAAUUUAUAUUCCAAACAAUUGAUAUGACAGCUUCUAACCAGAACCGACGUACAGUUACAUAAUACCAGCGUCACUUGUAUGUCUUUUAAGUACAAACGGCUAAUCAUUGUUUUGAACACAAGUUGUUUUUUUGUACAUAGGCACCCAAGCAAAUAACUAAAAAAAAAAAGCUACUUAUAAAAUGAAAACAAUUUAGCAGCACUUUUAAUAUCAUGUAUACAGUUAGAAGUUGCCGAACAGCAUAACUAUUAGAAUUUCUUUAUCAUCGGUAACUAGGGCAUCAGCCGAAAUUGAGAUGCUUGAAGAAAAUAUCACUUUACUCUAUGCAGAUGUCAUAACCCUGUAUGUUAUUUUCUGUGCAGGUAUUUUUUACCGUUUUUGAUCCGCUAGUACAUGCACCGCUCUCUGUCUGUUACGUCAUUCCCUUGUAAUGCAGUAGCCACCGUAUCAUACCAUAUAAGGAAUCAACGAAUAAACACAAUUCACUGUUUGUU